GGAGCGCAGGAUCUUGCGAGGCGUCGGGCGGUCGGGCUGCGGGCGCACGGGCGGCGAUGAGGACUUACACGCUGUCGCUGCGCGGCGGAUGGGCGCCCACCGUGGGCUGCGGCGGGGAGGUGGUGCGGCUCGGAGCUGGGUCCUCCAUCACGCGCAUCAAUGGCCACACCAUGGCCCUUCCCACGCCCAUCCCGCACGCCUGGGGGCACGCCGAAGUGUACCAGGAGGGCGAACUAGCAGUGCCCGGAGGCGGCGGCAAGUCCCGGCGCCGAUACAGGAGCAGGUCGCUGUCCCAGUCUUCCACGGACUCUUACUCCACCUGUAAGUGUACUUUCUGUUUUGCUUUUGUUUUGUUUAUGGAUUGGCCCGUGUGAGUGCUUGGGGUCACUACUCUUCUCGUGCGCUCUCUUGUGUUUGAGUCUGGUAUUGGUGUUUCGGUUUAUCGGUCCACAGUAGUUUAUCGCGUUUUCCUUCAUCGUGGUAUUUUUUUUAACGUGGAGGCUGAUGUACAACCAGCCCCUUGUAUUCACGUGGUAAAUAAUAAUUAAAAAAGGAAGAAAGGAAGAUAUAAAGAAAGAGAGAAACAGAAAGACUGAAAGAGAGAAAAAAGAAAGCAGACGAGUAAGCAAGCAUGCCAUUUCGGGCCUUGCUUGGAUUUUUUUUAUGAGAGUGUAUGUGCGUCUGUGCUUGUGCAUGUGAAGACAGGACCAUGCUGCAUGUUGAAAGUGCACCGUUGAAGGCGCAUGCUUGAAGGCCUAUGUUGUGUGUGGCGCAUGGCCUCUCGGUAAGUGUAUGUGCGGGGUAAGCUCACCUAAGCUCUUUUUAAUUGCUUGGUAUAGCCGACCAGGAGAAGAGGAUCAAGCUGAUUAAAACGAAGUAGAAAAGGCAGAAUCAAAUUUGGCCUCGGCAGCGUUGCAGGGCAUCUGCAUAGUUGCAUGGCCCUUCAAUUUCUUGGGCUUUUCUCGCGGUGUUUUUGGGUGGCAUGGGCGGCGCUCCCGUCAGACUAAAUAGGUGUUGUUAUUGAUUUAGUGCAGAGCGCCACGUGCAAAGGUCUUGCAGAU